GUGGUGGUCGUCGCGGCCUCCUUUGUGCGGCCGGAGCGAUGCUGUCCGGGGGCAAGAAGGCGGCGGAGGCGGCGGGGGGUGGCGGGGAGGGCGGCCCGGAGGCGCCGCUGCCCCUGCCCGCCGCCGCGGGGGGCGCCCUGGGCUCGUCCGCCGAGGGCGGCGGGGCCGCGGAGCGCACUCCCCGCAAGAAGGAGCCGCCUCGAGCCUCCCCCCCGGGCGGCCUCACCGACCCGCCGGCCUCUGGCGGCGCCCCCGCGCCCGGCGCCGAAACCACCGGCAUCGCAGAAACCCCCGAGGGCCGCAGAACCAGCCGCCGCAAGAGGGCCAAGGUGGAGUACAGAGAGAUGGAUGAAAGUCUUGCCAACCUCUCUGAAGACGAGUAUUACUCGGAAGAAGAGAGAAACGCUAAAGCUGAGAAGGAGAAGAAGCUGCCACCGCCACCUCCACCAGCCCCUGCAGAAGAAGAGAAUGAGAGUGAGCCGGAGGAACCGUCUGGGCAAGCAGGAGGACUUCAAGACGACAGUUCUGGAGGGUAUGGAGACGGCCAAGCAUCAGGUGUGGAGGGCGCAGCGUUCCAGAGCAGGCUCCCGCACGACCGCAUGACGUCUCAAGAAGCCGCCUGCUUCCCCGACAUCAUCAGCGGGCCGCAGCAGACGCAGAAGGUGUUUCUGUACAUCAGGAACCGCACUCUACAGCUCUGGUUGGAUAACCCGAAGAUUCAGUUGACAUUUGAGGCAACUAUCCAACAAUUGGAAGCGCCUUAUAAUAGUGACACGGUGCUCGUUCACAGGGUGCACAGCUAUCUGGAGCGGCACGGCCUCAUCAACUUCGGGAUCUAUAAAAGAGUGAAGCCCCUGCCAACCAAGAAGACGGGCAAGGUGAUCAUCAUCGGGUCGGGAGUCUCGGGGUUGGCAGCCGCUCGCCAGCUGCAGAGUUUUGGGAUGGACGUCACGGUUCUGGAAGCCAGGGACCGAGUGGGAGGAAGAGUCGCCACCUUUCGCAAAGGGAACUACGUUGCUGAUCUGGGAGCAAUGGUGGUAACAGGACUCGGAGGAAAUCCCAUGGCUGUGGUCAGCAAACAAGUGAAUAUGGAAUUGGCCAAGAUCAAACAGAAGUGCCCGCUGUAUGAAGCAAAUGGACAAGCUGUUCCAAAAGAGAAAGAUGAAAUGGUGGAACAAGAAUUUAAUCGUCUGCUGGAAGCCACCUCCUACCUCAGCCAUCAGCUGGAUUUUAACGUUCUCAAUAACAAGCCCGUCUCCCUGGGGCAGGCUCUGGAGGUUGUCAUCCAGCUGCAGGAGAAGCACGUGAAGGAUGAACAGAUUGAACAUUGGAAAAAAAUAGUGAAAACACAGGAGGAACUGAAAGAUCUUCUGAACAAGAUGGUGAAUUUAAAAGAGAAGAUUAAAGAGCUUCAUCAGCAGUAUAAGGAAGCAUCAGAAGUGAAGCCGCCUCGCGAUAUCACAGCCGAGUUCCUCGUGAAAAGCAAACACCGGGACCUGACUGCGCUUUGCAAGGAGUACGAUGAAUUGGCAGAAACACAAGGAAAGCUAGAAGAGAAGUUACAAGAACUUGAGGCCAAUCCACCAAGUGAUGUUUAUCUGUCCUCAAGAGACAGGCAAAUACUCGACUGGCAUUUUGCAAACCUGGAGUUUGCUAACGCUACACCCCUGUCUACGCUUUCGCUGAAGCACUGGGACCAGGACGACGACUUUGAAUUCACGGGCAGUCACUUGACUGUGAGGAAUGGAUAUUCCUGCGUGCCCGUGGCCUUGGCAGAAGGGUUGGAUAUUAAAUUAAACACAGCAGUUCGACAGGUUCGCUAUACAGCAUCAGGCUGUGAAGUGAUAGCUGUCAACACCCGCUCCACCAGCCAGACCUUCAUUUACAAAUGUGACGCUGUGCUGUGCACCCUUCCCUUGGGCGUUCUGAAGCAGCAGCCGCCCGCCGUGCAGUUUGUGCCGCCUCUUCCGGAGUGGAAAACGUCUGCGGUGCAGCGGAUGGGAUUCGGAAACCUCAACAAGGUCGUGUUGUGCUUUGAUCGCGUCUUCUGGGAUCCAAGCGUCAAUUUGUUCGGUCACGUUGGCAGCACCACUGCAAGCAGAGGAGAACUCUUCCUAUUUUGGAACCUGUACAAAGCACCGAUCUUGUUGGCGUUGGUCGCAGGAGAAGCAGCGGGGAUCAUGGAGAACAUCAGCGACGACGUGAUCGUGGGCCGAUGCCUCGCCAUCCUCAAAGGCAUCUUUGGCAGCAGCGCCGUGCCGCAGCCCAAGGAGACCGUGGUGUCCCGCUGGCGCGCGGACCCGUGGGCCCGGGGGUCGUACUCCUACGUGGCAGCUGGAUCUUCUGGAAACGACUACGAUUUGAUGGCCCAGCCCAUCACGCCAGGGCCGGCCAUUCCAGGUGCUCCUCAGCCCAUCCCCCGCCUGUUUUUCGCGGGGGAACACACGAUUCGCAACUACCCCGCGACCGUUCACGGCGCUUUGCUGAGCGGACUGCGAGAAGCCGGUCGCAUCGCGGACCAGUUUCUCGGGGCCAUGUACACGCUGCCUCGCCAGCCCACACCCGGCGUCCCCCAGCAACAACCCGCCAGCAUGUGAGACCAGUCAGGGUGUCAGAAGUGGAGUGACGAGAGCUCGGAGCUGCCGCUGUGGACCCUGUGGGGUGAAGAGACUCAGAGUCUGUCCCAGUGUGUGCUGGAAGGACUCAGCCAUGAAUUUCUUUAUAAUACCGCUGGUAGAAUGGCCUUACAAAAGCUCACCUGCCCUUGGACCAGGCAGGUCAGGGACGACUUAGACUCUGCAGAUAUUCUUUGGAAAGUCAGGCCUAUAGCUGGAGGGUUUUUAGUUUGUUUUUUUUCCUACCUAUACAUGUAUUUACAGUUUGGUACUUGCGCAAGCAGCUGGUCGCUACAAAUAGUGUAGAAUUUCUCUAAACUUUUUUUUUUUAAUUGUUUUCUUGUGAAGAAGAAUAUUUUUGGACCAAUUCUGUUCUUAUCUGAGAAUUUGGUGCAACUGUUUCCCUACCAGUAACAGCAAAUCACAGCUCUCCCUGGUGGUCCCUUGGCUGCUACACCAGGCUACCACUAAGAGCGUGUUUUAUUAAAUACUUGAAACAAAUUAAAUCAUCAGAAUCUGAUGUUUGUGAGUUAACUAGAAGAAUUAUUUGUAGUGGUUUAUAUAGAAGCAGCUGCUUAGACGGUGAAUCAGCUGAAGGGCCUGAGCUCUCGGCAUCUGUGUCCCUGCUGCUUGCGAGGGUGACGAGACGAGAUGCUGUUGCAGCUGCCGUUGUUAUGCUUCUGAAAAUCGCUUUGGUUUGGCUGCUCGUCAGGGCCCAGAGCCUUCCUUUGGCGGCCCAGAGCCUUCCUUUGGCGGCCCAGAGCCUUCCUUUGGCGGCCCAGAGCCUUCCUUUGGCGGCCCAGAGCCUUCCUUUGGCGGCCCAGAGCCUUCCUUUGGCGGCCCAGAGCCUUCCUUUGGCUGCCCAGAGCCUUCCUUUGGCGGCCCAGAGCCUUCCUUUGGCGGCCCAGAGCCUUCCUUUGGCGGCCCAGAGCCUUCCUUUGGCUGCCCAGAGCCUUCCUUUGGCGGCCCAGAGCCUUCCUUUGGCGGCCCAGAGCCUUCCUUUGGCGGCCCAGAGCCUUCCUUUGGCUGCCCAGAGCAGUCUGAUUUAAACAUUUAGGUCCUUUUUCCCCUCCUUUCCUGUUAGAGUUCUUAUUUCUUGCAACUUCUCUCAUCCUCCCCUUUCUGCAGUUUCUCUCAUCUAACCAUGGUGUCUGUUCACACUUUUUUCUACUUUUCAGUUUUUCUGGUUUUGCUCCUUCUGCUUUGCUGGCAAGACCAGUACCCGCUCUUGUUCCGCGCUCCGUUAGAUCCCCCACACUUCACAGGACUAAUGUCCCUUCUUGUUUAUAGCUGUGUUGUCUUUGGCUGCAGCCACUCCACCUUCCGCCAUCGCUACUUCUUCUGUUUUCUUGUGUCUCCUCUGUCCUUCUGCACCUUGCCAAGGGUUUUACUGAUCUGGGCUAUUGCCGCCCGAUAACCAGACUGUCCUGUUUUCCCUUUUCAAAAAGACAUCCGAAAACUGGUGACCGCUGAAAGAAGGCGGAGGGGAAGCCCUGACAGUCCCCAGCUCUUUAGAAGGUUUGUGACAGAGCCCAGGGAACGGCAGAUGUGCCAGAGGGGUCAGUGGGACAUGAGGAAAAGGUUCUUCCCCCAGAGGUGCUGGACACUGAACAGGCUCCCCAGGGAGGUGUCACAGCCCAACCUGACAGUGUUCAAGAAGAGACUGGACACCGUCCUCAGACACACGGGGUGACCUGUGGGGUGUCCUGUGCAGGGACAGCAGUUGGACUCUGAUCCUCUGGGUCCUCCCAGCUCAGGACACUCUGUGGUCAGAUUGUGAUUUUUGGGUGGGGUGAGUCUGCGUUUCUCAGCUCUGCAGAUCCCCCUGUGGUUUUGUCAGGUGCUAAUGUCCACUUUGCAAUAAACUGCUCAGGGUCUGUGUGGUCAGUCUGUGUGUGGGAUGGACAAUAUUUGCUGUGGUCUUGCUUGUAGUAGAAAUUAAUUGCAAAGUUCUCCCUGUUUUGUUAUCUUAGUAAUUAUAAAAGUAGAGGAACAACUUCA